AUGAUAUCAAAUCUAUUCUCCAUUUUUGACCCUUACACCUCUAUGAAUUACUCCUUUAAUUGAUUAAGUCUUAUAAUUCCUUUAUUUUUUUUUCCUAAUCAAUUCUGAUUUAAAAAAUCUAAAAUAUUUAUAUUUUGACUUUUUAUUAAUAAUUUCCUAUUAAAAGAAUUUAAAAAUUUUAAAAAAAAUAAUAUAACUAAUAUUAUUUCUUUCUUUUCUAUAUUUAUAAUGAUUCUAAUUAUAAACUUUAUUGGGCUAUUUCCUUAUAUUUUUACCCCUUCAAGUCAUCUAUCUAUUACUCUUCCUCUUUCUCUAACAAUCUGAUUAAGAAUUAUACUUUACUAUUGAACUAAAAUAACAAAUUUAAGAUUUGCUCACCUUGUCCCUCUUAAUACCCCUUCAAUUUUAAUAAUAUUUAUAGUCCUAAUUGAAACAAUUAGAAAUAUUAUUCGCCCUAUUACAUUAUCAAUUCGUUUAUCUGCAAAUAUAAUUGCAGGUCAUCUUCUUUUAUGUCUUCUCGGAUCAACUGGAACCUCAAUAAAUCUCCACUUAAUUAAUUUAUUAAUUAUUACACAAAUCUUACUUUUUUUACUCGAAUUAGCUGUUUCAAUUAUUCAAUCAUAUGUAUUUAUAACUUUAAUAUCACUCUACUCUAAUGAAUUAUAA